AUGUUGGCUGCAAGUAAGCAAUGGUCAGCCGCAAGUAAGGAAAGGUUGGCUGCAACUAAGCAAUGGUCAACCGCAAGUAAGGAAAGGUCGGCUGCAACUAAGCAAUGGUCAGCCACAAGUAAGGAAAUGAGUCAGCUGCAAGUAAGGAAAGGUUGGCUGCAAGUAAACAAUGUUCAUACCAGUGGUCAUACCACUAUCAUCAACAUGCCUUCUAAUUCACUACCACCAUCAUCUCACCAGCCCCUAAGUCAACAACUCAAAAUGCCCACUUGCCUCAACUGUUCUGCUAAGUUUGAAGUCAUCCAGGACUACAGGAAUUAUAGCAAGCAGUGCUUGAAGGAAAUUGAGACUUUUAUUCAUAAGCUGACUAAUCAAAAAUCACUGAAGAAAAAUGAUCAAGGCAACUUUCAGUGCUACUGCUCUGAUGCUGGAUGUCCAGACAAGAAAAAAGUCUACAAGACCAUAGAGAAUCUCAAAAGACACUUAAAGAAAGUCAAGUCUUGUUGGAUUGGAUUAAGCAAGCAAACAUCAAUAUUCCAAGAAGAUCAACCCAUGGACAUCGACCAAGAUCUAGGAGUACAAUCUCAGGUAGAGGAAGUGCAGUCUGGAUCUGGGGAAAUAAGUGGUCGACCGUCUAUUUCACAACCAGGCCAACAACCAGACCAUCAACCAGACCAUCAAGAUGGACUAUUGCACCAUCCAUACCUAGAGAGCAUUGGCAUGGUGGUGGAUGCAGACCUUCAAGUGCUAUGCUGUCUCGUCUGUCAAAUAGCAUUGCCUCCAGAUCAUAUCACUGGUCAUAUAGACAAUGUCCAUCCAGGACUACAAGUGGAUGAUGAGCGGUAUAGUCGAGCAAUCUCUGAGAUGGAAAUUGCCAUGACUCUUCCCAAUGCCAUUGCUGGAGGUAGAUACAGCAAGGCAUAUAUGGGUCUACAAGUAUAUGAUGAAGAGACGAAGAUUCUAAGUGCUUCCACCUUUGAUGGAGACGAUGAAGCUGCUUUGGACUCUCUAUUACCUUGCACGAUGAGCAUGCCUCAGGUCUGGUGGACUGACCGAAAGAAGUGGGAGGAGAUGUUGUACAAGGGCAACAAGGUGCAUAUAGACCACCUGAGGCAAAUGUUUGCUUUGAUGGAAAGCAAACAGGUGGACCUUUGGGAGAACAAGGUGCUGGUAGGAAUCAGCAUGUGCGUAUGCUACAAGGACAUCAAGGACAACAACACGAACCACGACGUCAGCUACUCCUUCCUAUCAGAUCACAGAAAUGGUAGCUUUGCGGAUAGGGAUCGCUUUUUCAAGGCCAUCAUUGAGAAUCGAGAGACCUUGGGUUGGUUCACCAUCAUUCGCGAUGGAGAGGUGAGAGAGGUGAUUUGGGACAAAGGAGUGUUGAUGACUUGGUUGAGAGACUAUGCAGAGUUUCAAAAGCUAGUCCUAGCCAGAUGCGAGAUUCUCAGUGGAGCACCAGGCUGUGGAACCAAACUCACCGCCAUGGUAUACAGAAACACCAAGACGCGAUCCUAG